AUGAAUCAUGCCCCGGUGGAGAUCUGCUACGAAAACAUGCGGUUUCUGAUCACUCACAACCCCAACAAUGCUACGAUGCUGAAGUUCAUGGAGGAACUGAAGAACUACAGAGUGACAACCUUGGUCAGAGUUUGUGAGGCCACAUACGAUAAAGCUCUAGUUGAAAACCAAGGCAUCCAAGUUCUAGACCUGCCCUACCACGACGGAGCCCCACCCCCUGAUAAGAUAGUGGAUGAGUGGCUUGGGCUGGUAAAAAGCAAAUUUCGCGAGGAGCCUGGGACCUGUGUGGCAGUGCACUGUGUGGCGGGGCUAGGCAGGGCACCUGUGCUGGUAGCACUUGCUUUGAUAGAGAGUGGAAUGAAGAAUGAAGACGCAGUUCAAUUAAUCCGACAGAGACAGAGGGGCGCUUUCAACACCAAACAGCUGCUUUUCUUGGAGCAAUACCGGCCCAAGGUGCGGGCCAGGUCAAAGUCACGCUUCAAGGAACCCAGGGUGCACUGCUGUGUUCAGUAA